UGGCUGGCGUGUCGGUAGGGUGAGCGGCGGAGGCAGGCUGACGCCAUGGCGCUGUUCCGCCGAGUUUCUCCACCAACUUACUGGACUUCUCGGACUCGCUGUAGUUAAGGUGUUCGCUUCUACUCACAUUUUUUCGGAGUUUCGGAUUUUCACCUGUGUCCGUGUGUAUCUCGAUCUUCCAGACGGAAGAUAAAGUUUGUUCUGUUUUUGUUUUGGACGCGUGUUUGUGAGCAGGAGUCAGGUGAAUUAAAGCGGCUGUGUUAGUAAACUUGGUAAAGAGCUACUACGUUUAGCCGUCUCUGCUAGCUCACUCUCACGAGCACACGGUAACGAUGUGUAGAAAGUCGGAUUGGUUUUAAAAUACAUUUCGUCAACUUUAACACGUUUGGGUGUGUUUUCAAGUUUAUGCGUUCUUUGUUUUGUUUUGUUUUUCUACUGGAGUGGGCAGGUAGCAGCACAUACUAUACUUUGCACCUGUAAGUUAAGCUCGUUGCUAACGUUAGCAAGCUAAUAACUCUAUAGUGGCCUUUUCAUACCGGGUCCUGUGUCUGUUCAACUUUGGAGAAAGUUAACAAAAGUUUAGAUGAGGUUUAAUAAAUGAACGACUCGGUAUUUGUUUAGGACAGCGGAGGAUAAGCGUGUGAUGGUCUUCGCUGAGGUUUGAGGCAGUAUCAGAUUGGUUUAGCUGCUUUACAUGGAGAGCAGGCAAUGCGCAGGCACGCGCAGCUCAGACUGAAAAGCCCUUAACGGAUAAGACGCAAACUUUUGCUGCACUGAAGUAAUGGACAGCGCGUGUGUUUUCCCCGUGGUUUUUGCAUGUCUGGAGAGGUAACGCAACCCCGGCUUACGUUCAUUCUCCGCUCGGACAUCAGCGCACCUUAUGGUGCCGACGCAGACGCCGAGUCAUGGAUGUUCCCCGGGCCGUUUUCCCGAACGGUGAGGGGCGACUAGCGGAGCAUGGCUGGCCGGAGAGCUCCACUUCCUCCUCUUCCUCCUCCUCCGCCGCAGCCGCCGGGAACUCUCGCGCGCACUCGGCGCCGGCGCGCACGCGCUCGCUGUGGACUGCGGCGUACGACUACGAGGCGAGCGGCGAGGACGAGCUCAGCCUGCGGCGCGGUGACGUGGUCGAGGUGCUGUCCAAAGAUGCGGCUGUGUCGGGAGAUGAAGGCUGGUGGACUGGCAAGCUCAACCACCGCGUGGGCAUUUUCCCGUCCAACUACGUCACCUACCAACCGGCCGUGUACAGACCAGCGGCGGUGUCCUCACCAUCAGCAGGUUCGGCAUCAUCCGCGUCGCGAGAUCCUUUGAACAUCCCGUUCAGCGAGCUCGUGCUCGAGGAGAUCAUCGGCGUCGGCGGCUUCGGCAAAGUGUACCGUGGCACAUGGCGCGAGCAGGAGGUGGCCGUGAAGGCGGCGCGCCAGGACCCGGACGAGGACAUCACCGCCACCGCGGAGAGCGUCAAGCAGGAGGCCAAGCUGUUCGCCAUGCUGCGCCACCCCAACAUCAUCCGGCUCGAGGGCGUGUGUCUGGAGGAGCCCAACCUGUGCCUGGUGAUGGAGUACGCGCAAGGAGGCACGCUGAACCGCACGCUCACCGGCAGACGCAUCCCGCCACACAUCCUGGUCAACUGGGCCGUGCAGAUAGCCAAGGGCAUGCAGUACCUGCACGAGGAAGCCGCAGUUCCCAUCAUCCACCGCGAUCUGAAGUCCAGCAACAUUUUAAUACUUGAAAAAAUUGAGAACAAUGACAUUGGUAGGAAGACACUGAAGAUCACUGACUUUGGCUUGGCUAGAGAGUGGCACAAGACUACUAAAAUGAGUGCCGCAGGCACGUAUUCGUGGAUGGCUCCUGAGGUCAUCAAAUCCUCCCUCUUCUCCAAAGGCAGUGAUGUAUGGAGUUAUGGGGUGCUUCUCUGGGAGCUGCUGACAGGAGAGGUACCAUACCGUGGUAUUGAUGGGUUGGCAGUUGCCUAUGGAGUGGCUGUCAACAAGUUAACCCUCCCCAUUCCAUCCACCUGCCCCGAACCUUUUGCUAAGCUCAUGGAAGAAUGCUGGGAGCAGGAUCCCCAUAUCCGACCCAUGUUUGCCACUAUCCUGGAGCAGUUGACCGCCAUAGAGGAGGCUGUGAUGGCCACCAUGCCACAGGAUUCUUUCCACUCCAUGCAGGAGGAUUGGAGGGUGGAGAUCCAGGAGAUGUUUGAUGAGCUGCGAACAAAAGAGAAGGAGCUGCGCUCACGUGAGGAGGAACUGAUGCGGGCAGCACUGCAACAGAAAUCCCACGAAGAACUACUGAAAAGGAGAGAGCAACAGCUGGCUGAGAGAGAGAUCAAUGUGCUGGAGCGCGAGCUCAACAUCCUCAUCUUCCAGCUCAACAAGGACAAGCCCAACGUCAAGAAGAGGAAGGGCAAGUUCAAGCGCAGUCGCCUCAAGCUGAAGGACGGCAACCGCAUCAGCUUGCCCUCAGAUUUUCAGCACAAGAUCACAGUUCAGGCUUCGCCAUCGAUGGAGAAGAGGAGGAGUUUGAACAGCACCAGUUCCAGCCCUCCCAGCAGCCCCACACUCAUCCCCCGCCUCCGAGCCAUCCAGUUGAACCGUCCCAGUGACUCUACACAAUGGAACAGUAUAUAUGUGUAUCACCAAGAUGUGGAUAUCACGAACGAGUGUAAACCUUGUGCAGGGAGGAAAGUGACUCUGGAUGAGAGCAACAGGACGUGGGGCAGGAGCACCAUCUAUAAGCCUGAGGAGUUUGAAGAUGCUAAGAAGGGCAUAAAGAAGAAGGUUCGCACGUGGGGUCCGAGCUCUAUUCAGACUAAGGAGAGAGGGAACAGCGCUGAAAGAGUUCGGCCGCUCUCAGAUGGGAACAAUCCUUGGUCCACUACUCCACUGAAAUCCCAGAAAUCUGUUCCACUGGCUGCGUUAUUUGCCGAACAGGGAACGGCUAAAGAUGAAACAAGCUCCCUCGACGGUUCAGAUAGCAAACCAAAGCAACUCAAGUUCCCCAAUCAGGUCUAUAUCGAUCUACCUCUGUGGAAGGACGAGCAGAGCGAGGUACCUGGGGUCAGUGUAGGGGGUGGGGCAGAGAGCCAGGAAGAGCCAGCCACGUCCACCAGCUCAACAAGCACAACGCCGCAGCAUACACCCACCAACAGUCUGAAGCGUGCAGGUGGACGGCGCCGCACAGAUGCUGUGCUAUACAGCUGUGCCUCACUCCUAGCCGCUGUGGCUCUGGGUCUGGACCUGCGUGAUGCCCACAAGGCCACACCUACUGAUGAGGUGGAGCCUCGAGAAGACAAAAAGAAGCGGGAAGGCCUGUUUCAACGUGCCACACGUUUCCGCCGCAGUUCCAGCCCACGCAGAGACGACAACCUGCUGGCCAUGUCCUCAAUCUUAGAGUGCAACUCCACCAAGUGUCUCCUUCACUCAGACUCAGAGGGUCCUGAACAUAGCCCUGUAACUGAGGCACCACUCAAUGGCUCUGGAUUCUACAAUAUCAGCCAGAGCAGCAAAAAUGUGAGCAGAACUGACAAUCUGUGCCCUCCUGUAGUAUCAGAGCACGGCACCAACUCUGGAUCCCGGCUCAGGAGGAAGAAAUCCAGUUCUGCUGCCUGUCAGAACACUGGCACCAACUGUUCCAUGUCUAACGCUGCUGCCGAAGUCCCUGUAGCGGCAUCCUUGCAGAAAAAGAAACCUGAACGAGAGAACAGCCAGGAAAAGCAGAGUGCUUCAGACUCGGUCUCCAGGCCCAGGCCGCUGUCUCUGCGAGCCAAACCUCACUGCUGGGGUCUUCUGAGGAGCAGAAACAAGAGCUACUCUCUAGGUCAUUGCUCUGGAGAGAAGAGUGCGCAGAGCCUGGGCAUCGUGCUGUCCCCUGAGGUCCAAACGGGCUGCUCUCUCUUAGAUGUGGACACUGAGGGACAGAAACGUGACUGCACCGUUCCCCUUUGCCGAAUCCAGAGCACACCAAGUCGCCCGUCUGUCUUUGAACUGGAAAAGGAGUUCUUUUCCUGAAAUGAGCUGCCUCGCAUCGCAUCGCCUCUCCUCUCCUCUUCCCUCCCCUCCACCUCCCUCUCCUAGAGCACAGCCCAACUUAAAUCCAGUUAUUGUUAUAUGACGAAAGUCGUGUAUUCUCUUGUGUUCAGGACUCUCAAAACAUUGUGGCACUCGUGCCCAAUUUUAAGCUAUUGCUGCUGGAGUUGUCAUGUUGUACUUGUUUUGUUUUUUUUUAUUUAUAUUCACUUUAUUUUGAUAAGUAAUUUAAUAUGAAAGGACAUAUGAGCAAAAUGAUCAGCAUUCCGUUUUACUGAAGAAUGGCCAGUGAGUAGCCUAUUAUGGGUUUUUUUUUUUUGUUUUUACACUACCACUUGUGCACAUUCCAUGCUAAAAAAUAUGUUGGCAUAUUACUGUAUUUUGUAGGUGUUGCAAUUUUAUUCGUAUUAGAAGCAAACCCCGAUAAUCCUGGAUAUUAGAGUUUAUUCUGAAUUUAUAUAGAAUGAAGAUGUGUGGGGUUUUUUUUUUUUGUUAUAUAUAUAAAAUAUUCUACAGGUUUUUACCCCCCAGUUGAUCCGAGUGUAGAGAGACAUGCUGUAUGUGUACGUACACCGAAUCGGGCAUCUUUAUAGAAAAUAUCUUAGUUCCCUGAGGAAGUUACAUGGGUCAUGUAACCUAGUGACUUCCUCCCAUUGCUUGCUCAGUAUCUGUAAUAUUUACACUUUUUAAAACGGUGCAGUCAGUAUUAUAUUCUCUUAGUGGUCACACUCUUUUUGGCUUCCCUUCGCCACAGAGUUUGCUGCUGUUGUUUGCUUGUUGCUGUUGACCUUUACUUUUUUUUUUUUUAAAACCACACCUGUGAAACAGGUACCGAGUGUUGUCUGUCAUGUUGAGAUUGUGCUUCUCCCCUGCUUGUGAUAGAAUUCUGCUUGCUUUUUAACGUGGCUGGUUAAACUGUUAUUACUUCUAAAGUUUACAAGCUCUAGAUGCACUGUGGUUCCAGACUUCUUCUUUUUUUUUUCCACGUGACGGACACAGAAAGCCCUUGUUGUUCAGAUAAAUAUCCAGCAUGAGAACCGGACCAGUCAGAUUAUAAAAUACUCCUGACAUACACUGUAUUGCCAAAAGUUUUGGGACGUCUGCCUUUACAUGCACAUGAAUGUAAUAUGGAGUUGGCCAGUCCUUUUGCAGCUAUAACAGCUUCAACUCUUCUGGGAAGGCAUUCCACAAGGUUUGGGAGUGUGUUUAUGGGAAUUUUUGACCAUUCCAUUAGAAGCGUUAUUUGUGAGGUCAGGCACUGAUUGCUGGACAAGAAGAUCUAGCUCGCUCUAAUUCAUCCCAAAGGUGUUCUAUCGGGUUGAGGUCAGGACUCUGUGAAGUUCCUCCACACCAAACUCGCUCAUCCAUGUCUUUAUGGACCUUGCUUUGUGCACUGGUGCGCAGUCAUGUUGGAACAGGAAGGGGUCAUCUUCCAAACUGUUCCCACAAAGUUGGGAGCAUGAAAUUGUCCAAAAUGUCUCGGUAUGCUGAAGCAUUUAAGAGUUCCUUUCACUGGAACCAAGAGGCCAAGAGCUCAACCCCUGAAAAACAACACCUGAAUUCAAUGAUUUGGAGGGGUGUCCCAAAACUUUUGGCAAUGUAGCGUACCUCUGACUAUAUUCUUUAAGGUUAGAAUGUAUUUGUUAAUGAUUUUGGUGUACUAACCAACUCAGAUGAGAAUAUCAUACAGCGGUAAUAAAAUACACAAUGCAUUUUCCAUGUAGUCUUUUGCUGAAAACCUAAACGUUUUACUGUGUUACCUGAAAAGCAGGUAAUGAAUUGAGUAACAGAACGAUAGUCAUUACUGUGCCAACAAUUUUUGUUUUUUAAUUCAAGCAUCUUCAUUACAAAUCUGAUGUUUUAUGUAUCGUUUUAGGGGACCGAAAUGUAAUCCGAAUUUGAUUUUGUUCCCGUUUUUCUUUUCUUAUUCAUUCCGACUGUCGGCUUCACUCAUCCUUUCUCAACUGGCUGUCGAAUGGAAAGCUUUCUUGAAUUGCAAUUUCCUAAGUAUUAAUCCCCUUCUAAAGUGCGCUCAUUAAGUGUACAUCGAGCUGCACGCACACACUGAUCUGCUCUUAAGCAGGUUUCUAGCCUAAAGCUCAGUAAAGCUAAGCAACGAGGUAUAAUCGGAAUCAUUUCCACACCGUUUCCUUGUAAAUGCUGUGUAAAGGUGCUACCACAGUCAUUGGACCUUUUAAGCUUGUAUAGGGAUAUAGUUCAAUGGUUUUUGUUUUAUUAUUUGGUUUCCCUUAUGUUUAAUGACUCCCAGAUCAUUCAGGUACAAAGCAAAUGUCCAGAGAUUACGCAAUUAGUUUUUUUAAAUAUAGAUUUUGUACCACCAUCUUGCUUAUACAUUAAAAAGCAAACAACUUCAGUCAAACUGUAGGUGCUGUCGAGCUUUGGAUUGAAAUGAAUCACUUUUAUUAACUAGGAUCAUUUUAAUUCUGUGUAAUUACUUCGAACAAAAGGGUUAUAGUCCAUGCGGGCGAACGUUGCUCGUCAUUUGGAUCAUCUGGUUUUGCUUAAACGGCCCUGUGAUCAUCUUAUAAGAGCUUCUUAUGUAGCACUGUGAUUUUAUAUAGUGAUUGUUGAUCAUGAACUGCUGAUUUUUACAAAAUUUGUAAAAAAAAAAAAAAAACUUUUAUGUGAAAUGAAUGUGAUGAUGAUGAUGAUGAUGAAGUCUUACAGGACACCAGUGAGACUGGAACUGCAGUUGCACGUAUGAUUACAUGAGAAAACACUGAAAGGUGUGGUUCGGGAUACUGUAAUUAUUUUUUACUGAAAUGAAGUAGUAGCAUGUCUGUUGGUUUUGUUUCUCUUUUUCAACCAGUCAUGUCUACAGAUUUAAAUAAAAAAACAGCACACAGGACACCUAGACACUAAAUGACCUUUUUCCACUGGAUGAACUUCUCACCAAAGUCCCCCCCCCCCCUUAUGUGUCCAGCAUUUUGGUUUGUGGAAAAAAAAAAAAAGGCAAUAUUUGUUACAUGGAUCACAUGUACUGUAUAUACAUGAUUAUAUGAGGACUUGCUCGAUUAUUUUAGUGUCUGUUUGAGCCACGUGACCAAAUCGAUGUUGAGGUGGUUUGCUGGUAAUGUUUUUAGAUCACCGCACCAGUCACUGUUGGAAAGGGUUCAUUCUGAAAUCACUACUGUACUCAAGUGACCAAUAAAUCCUUUAUUCCUCA